AUGCCCGAGUCCCGCUCCAAGCACCCUCUCGUCUGGAUCGACUGCGAGAUGACCGGUCUCGACCUGUCCAAAGACACAAUCAUGUCCCUGUGCUGUUUCGUCACCGACGCCCAACUAAACUUGCUCGACGAAACCGGCUACGAAGCCGUCAUCCACCACUCGCAAUCCCAACUCGACGCCAUGGGCGAAUGGUGCACAGCACAACACGGAAAGUCCGGUUUGACAGCUGCAUGCCUGGCUUCCGACAAGACUGCCGAGCAAGCUGCUGAAGAACUGCUGGCGUAUGUACAGAAAUACUGUCCAGAGAGGAAAAAGGCAUUGCUGGCUGGAAAUACAGUGCAUGCGGAUCGUGCCUUUUUGGUCCAGCAGCCGUAUACGCCUGUCAUGAAGUGGUUGCACCAUCGCAUCUUAGAUGUCUCUGCAAUCAAGGAAGCAGCGAAGAGAUGGGCUCCUAUACAAGUCCUCAAGAAGAGCCCUUCAAAAGCUGGAAAGCAUGAAGCUAGAGCAGAUAUCCUCGAGAGCAUAGAGGAAGCGAGGUACUACCAAAGAGCCUUCUUCCAGAAUGGCGUCGAGCCAAAGGAAGACACCCCGGACGAGACUGCAGAGCUUGAUGGUGAUGCUCAUGGUUCUAUCAUUGGCGACAAGGAAGUCAAGCCCAAAGAGAUCACUCAAGAAGUCGGUGCUGCAGAGGCCCAGACCACCGUCCAAAGUCUUGAAGCAGAAGGCUUCGGUGCUACUUCUUCUGGUGAACAAGAUCUUGCCAGAAAUGGAGGUAACCGCGAUCUGGCCUCAUAG